AGGCGGGGCCUCGCGGGUCGCCGCCCCUGGCUUUAAGGCGGGGAGGUGGGCAGGGGCCCCUCCUCGUCGCUGGAGGGGAAGCCCGCGUUCGUCCUCGCUCGCAGCCAUGUCCCUGCUCAGAGGGGUGUUCAUCGUUGCCGCUAAGCGAACCCCUUUUGGAGCGUACGGAGGUCUUCUGAAGGACUUCACAGCUACCGACUUGACUGAAGUUGCUGCCAAGGCUGCUUUGUCUGCGGGCAAGGUCUCACCUGAGACCAUUGACAGUGUCAUUGUAGGCAAUGUCAUCCAGAGUUCUUCAGAUGCUGCAUAUUUGGCCCGGCACGUUGGUUUGCGGGUGGGAGUCCCAAAAGAGGUCCCAGCUCUCACUGUUAACAGACUCUGUGGCUCUGGUUUCCAGUCCAUUGUGAGUGGAUGUCAGGAAAUUUGUGUUAAAGAGGCCGAAGUUGUCUUAUGUGGAGGAGUUGAAAGCAUGAGCCAGUCUCCCUACUGUGUCAGAAACAUACGCUUUGGAACCAAGUUUGGAUCAGAUCCCAAGCUGGAAGAUGCUUUGUGGUCAGGAUUAACAGAUGAGCACAUCCGGCUCCCCAUGGGGAUCACCGCAGAGAAUCUUGCUGCAAAACAUAACAUAAGCAGAGAAGACUGCGACAAGUACGCCCUGCAGUCCCAGCAGAGGUGGAAAGCUGCUAACGAUGCUGGCUACUUUAAUAAUGAGAUGGCACCCAUUGAGGUGAAAACAAAGAAGGGGAAACAGACAAUGCAGGUAGACGAGCACGCCCGGCCCCAGACGACCCUGGAGCAGUUAACUAAACUCCCCCCAGUAUUCAAGAAGGAGGGAACCGUGACCGCGGGCAACGCCUCGGGGGUAUCCGAUGGUGCUGGAGCUGUUAUCAUAGCUAGUGAAGAUGCUGUUAAAAAACAUAACUUCACACCACUGGCAAGAAUUGUGGGCUAUUUCGUGUCUGGAUGUGAUCCCUCCAUCAUGGGUAUUGGUCCCAUCCCUGCUAUCAACGGAGCACUGAAGAAAAUAGGACGGAGUCUUAAGGACAUGGAUUUGGUAGAGGUGAAUGAAGCUUUUGCUCCUCAGUACUUAGCAGUCGAGAAGAGUUUGGGUCUUGACCCAAGUAAGACCAACGUGAAUGGUGGAGCCAUCGCUCUGGGUCAUCCCCUGGGAGGAUCUGGAUCGAGAAUUAUGGCACACCUGGUUCACGAAUUAAGGCGUCGGGGCGGGAAAUACGCUGUUGGGUCAGCGUGCAUCGGCGGCGGCCAGGGCAUUGCCGUUGUCAUCGAGAGCGCGGCCUGAGGGGCAGGGGACGCAGCGAGGCCCCUCGUAUUGUCUGGGCCAGGCCACAGCCAAGCAGGGGAUCUUCGGAGCAGCUACAAAAUGAGGCAUGCCCUCUACUGCAAGUGGCUGAGUGUGAUUAAGGGAUAAUGAGGCAAAGAUAUAUUUCUCAUGAAUAACAUAAGUUCUCU